GGCUGCUGGGGCGUGGACGUCGGGGACGCGCAGAAGGCGGGCUCAGCAGGCGGAUGCGCUUAGCUGAUCGUGCGCUACGGAAUCGGGACAGUGAGUGGAAACCGAAGACGCGCGAGGGAGGAACGCGUGGAGCAUGAAGAGGCAGGCGGCCUCCUCGGGGCGGAAACGGGCGCGGAUACCGUCUGGGAAGGCCGGAGCAGCAAAUGGAUUUCUCAUGGAAGUGUGUGUGGAUUCAGUGGAAUCAGCUAUAAAUGCAGAAAGAGGAGGUGCUGGUCGGAUUGAAUUAUGUUCUGGCUUAUUAGAAGGAGGAACCACACCUAGCAUGGACAGUCGCUGCCAGUGGAUUAACAAUCAUGCUUGCAAAAUUCCUGCAUCUUCCACAGUUGGGUCUUGCAAGCCUGUACAAGACAGGUCCAGCAGGUCAAUGUGUAUACUUCAUUUUGGAAAACACUGUGUUAGAGAUAUCUGUUCAAAAUUCCAUUUUAUUUCAGCCUUCGACAUGGUUCACGAUCCAAUGGCAGCUCUAGAGACUCUCUUAACUUUGGGAUUUGAACGAGUGUUGACCAGUGGAUGUGACAGUUCUGCACUGGAAGGGCUACCUCUCAUAAAGCGACUCAUAGAUCAGGAGUUAUCCAAGUACAAGGAGGGGGAGGAGAGGGAGAAUGAGGAGUGUUCCAUGUGGAAUAAGUACUUUUCAAGUAGUUCCCUUGAAAAGACCAAAAAAAUUGGGGGUGGUAUAACAGACAGAAAUCUACAAAGGAUCCUUGAGGGUUCGGGCGCUACAGAAUUCCACUGUUCUGCUCGGUCUGCUAGAGAUUCAGGAAUGAAGUUUCGGUAAAAAUGUAUUCUUUGACUUAUGCAAGAAAGGAUGACAUUAAUCUUUACUUCCCCAAAUAGGAAAACCUCAGUUAAUGGCAUAAUGAAUGGAAUGGUGUGAUUAGUACAUAAGCAGUGCAGUUGUUUUUGCAGUUUUCAGCUGCAGAAUGGUUCUUAUCUUGCUUUAAUUAAGCAGGCUCUUCUGAACCUAGAUAAACCAUUAUAUGCGCAAGUCAUUGCUGAACUUAGACCAGUUAAUAAUAAACUCGAAUUCAGCAGGUAAGGUUCAAAUGAGUCAAAUUUGUAUGUGUGCUCAUUUACGUGUGCUUCCCUUUAGCCAAGCUAACUAUGGUGUAAGGAUAAAAGAGCCGUAGUCAUUUUAUCCUCCUACCUUUAACAGUUACUCUUCCCUCACCUUUGAUCUCUGUUUUCAGUUGUUUUGAAAUUAUAUCACCAUUAAGGAAUUGAAACUAUUAUGUGUUUUUAUUAUACUUGAGAGAACUCCAAUAAUUUAAUAGUUAGUAGUUGAUUAUUUGUAAGUUGGGAAAAGUGAGAUAUAAAAGAAGUGAG